CGUCCCUAGUGUAUCAGUGAGUUCGAAUCCCGCGUGCGGUGCGGGAUGCGAGCUGGUGGGGGCGAUCCCCGGGCACAAAGCGCCCAUUGAGGUCUCACUCGCAGAGCCGUCCCUGCCACUGCGAAGGGUUUCACGUGGGCACGAUCCGCUGGCGCCAGGCCGGGCACGGGGCACGAGGGGCCCUGUGCAGCGUUAGCAAUCUCUAAAUCCGCGUGUUACAAAACAUGCCUUGUGUAAGCCCCUUCCUCCACUCCCCAAAUCCCCAGAGCGGCGGGAGAGCGGCCAAGGCCUGGCCUCAAUGGGCUCCUGUUCUCACUUCCCAUCGCAGCUUCACCCACAGGUCUGGGGAGCACCAAGCCCACAAAGACACCCCAAAGGCCCCAUUUGGCCACCAUCCCCACGACUCUCCCCCAUGUUGUGCCCACAUGCCAAGGGCUGUCUGCUCUCCAACACGGGGAUCACUGGAAGCUCCACCUGUGGUCCGCAUCCCACCACCACCAUCCCUGCACCCUCACCCGGCUCCUGGGGCCGCUGCAGGGGGUGGCACGCUGCCCACCCCCGGCCCCGCACUAAUGAGCACAGUUACACAAUGGGAAGCUUUUAUACACCCUUAAUCAGGCCCAGCAUCCCGCCCCUCCGCGCGCCCUCCGGCCCUCCUGCUCCCUCCUUCCCUCUCCCCAUCAGCCUUUUGGAAGGCUUUAGUGGGGUUUCCUGCCUGCUUUAUGCGGACUUAAUGAUAAAGCUGCGGUGAGUUGAUGCCUUGUGACGGCCUAAUCCCAACCCGGUGACUCUACAAAGCUUUCGCUGGGAUUUCGUGCUGCUCCACUCCGCUCCUGCUGCCCAGCCCCGCUCCAGCAGCCCCCAGGCCCUCAACCUCCACGGACGGUUUGGCAUUCCCUGACCCUGCAUACUGCAGCUGAUCAAGGCUAAAAGAAGACAUGUCUGCUGUUACGGGGACCUUCCGCAUUGUCUCAGAAGAGGAGCAGGCACUGCGCACCAAACUGGAGCGCCUCACCACCAAGGACCAUGGUCCUGUUUUUGGGAGGUGCCAGCAGAUCCCCCCUCACACCCUGCAGAAGGCAAAAGAUGAGCUGAAUGAGACGGAGGAGCAGAGAGAGGCAGCAGUCAGAGCGCUGCGGGAGCUGGUGCAGGAGCGGGCCGGCAGCGAGGAUGUCUGCAAGGCAGUGGCUGAGAAGGUGCAGGGGAAGGAUGAUUCCUUCUUCCUCCGCUUCAUCCGUGCCCGCAAGUUUGAUGUGCACAGGGCCUACGACCUGCUGAAAGGCUAUGUGAACUUCCGCCAGCAAUACCCCGAACUCUUUGACAACCUGACCCCCGAGGCCGUGCGCAGCACCAUUGAGGCGGGCUACCCCGGCAUCCUGGCCAGCAGGGACAAAUAUGGGCGGGUGGUGAUGCUCUUCAACAUCGAGAACUGGGACUAUGAGGAGAUCACCUUCGAUGAGAUCCUUCGUGCCUACUGCGUUAUCCUGGAGAAACUGCUGGAAAAUGAAGAGACCCAGAUCAAUGGGUUCUGCAUCAUUGAGAACUUCAAAGGCUUCACCAUGCAGCAGGCAUCAGGAAUCAAACCCUCUGAGCUCAAGAAGAUGGUGGAUAUGCUACAGGACUCCUUCCCAGCGCGGUUCAAGGCUGUCCACUUCAUCCACCAGCCCUGGUACUUCACCACUACCUACAACGUGGUCAAACCGUUCCUGAAGAGCAAACUGCUGGAGAGGGUGUUCGUGCACGGCGAGGAGCUGGAGUCCUUCUACCAGGAGAUCGAUGCUGACAUACUGCCAGCAGACUUCGGUGGCAACCUGCCCAAGUACGACGGCAAAGCAACUGCAGAGCAGCUCUUUGGGCCCCGCAUUGAAGCUGAAGAUACGGCACUUUAAGUCAGGGGCUGCUCCCCUUCCCCUGUAAAAUAAGAUCAGAGGUGGUCCCCUAACCCCAACCAUCUCCAUACCGUAGCAAUGGAUGAGUGACUGCUCUGGAUGUGUUGCUCCGUGUCUGUUUCUGUCCCCAAACCUGGCAGCAGGCUGCCUGGCAGCGGCUGGGAUGCAGCGAGCAUGUGCCUUGCUCUGCUCCAGCCUUAGCCUUUACUUCUGUGGGGCAAUACAGCCAGAGAACACUGUCUCCACAGCCAGCUCUAUGCGCCCACAGUUGGUCACUGGGGAGCAGCACAGCCAGAGGAUGCCACUGCAGAAGCCCCUGCCAGGGGCUGGCUGAAACGUGUAUGCAGAGAAAUAAAGAAGAAUUUAACAACAGUGUGUCUCAGACCUGGGUCAGUGGUUCUGUUACAGCGCUAUCAAAACCAAGCAGUGGCACAGGCAGAGGUGAGCGCCCAAUUCUUGCUAUGCAGGGCAGCCAGGGAGGAAGAACAGCAGCCACUGAGGGCAGGAGGUGAACGCUAACCACAGAACAGUGGAAGACACACAGAAUGUACCCUCCUAAAUCCUCUAAAAGCCUUAACUAAGCUGCCUCUCCUAGCAC